GCAGUUUAGCUGCAUGCAGCUUGCACUUGGUGUUGUUGCCACAGCAACCACUGAAGAUAAAUCUGUGCAGGUCUUGAUGCUACGGUGCUCGCGCUACCGCAUUGAAGGGGAGAUAGCAGUCCAACACGGGCAGAUGGGACCUCAAGAUCCACAGUGACUCACCGACAGGGCGCGACACCAGAUAACAAGGGAAGAAGAAAUGUGAUGGCGAUAAGCCUCGGUUACCUUGGACUUUGACUGAACACACUGGGAAGACUGUCAUACGAGCAGUGACCGUGCUGCUGUACCAGUGUCCUGAGAAUACCAAUACGGGCAAUACCACUACCCCUCUCCAGCUUGAUCGUUCGACAACCACUCACGCAAGAUUUCCUGACGGAUAUAAUCCAAUUCAUCCCUCCAUAUUUUGGAUAUUCCGAUCGAAACAAUAGUGGCACAGACAAAUUUGAAAAUGGUUCCCGCUCCCUGUCCACUUGUGUAUGUUUUGUGUUUACGCACUUUACACAUCACAGGCACUUUCAAAACCAGUAGGUUCUCUCAGUAAAUUGUUGGAAUGGUUUUGUCAUUGGAAACUCAUCUGCAGAUCUGAAUUUGUACCAAAUCUGCAGACAGACAUUGUAUGUGCAGGGUAACCAUGAGAGCAAUGCAUUGUAUGAUAGAUAACUGUAUGAUAGAUAAGUAGAUAACUGCAAAAGAAGCCCUCUGAUCCGAAGUCUGCCUGCUCUACGUUAGGGUAGGGACCAGUCCAAACCUGUCUUCCCCAAUCCUAUGCCCUCAAACACUAAUUUAGCACUAUAUUGUACAUCGUUGUGAAAGUAAAACCAAUCAACAUGCUCAACUGUACGAACUCAGUUAUUCAGGGUAUUCAGGACCAGACAAAAUUAUAUAUCAGGGCCUGAUUGUUCUCUUUGCAACGUAGGUGUCAAUAUUUGUGAAGUAAUACCGUAUGUGAAUGUAUUUUUACUGUGAAAAGGUGUAAAAAAAAAACUAUAUCUGUGCCAUCAUAUCAGUGUCUUAAAUCAUUAUUUUUACCCCACUUCUUGUGAGCUAUAAUGUGGACAAUAACAAAUAACAGUCUAAAAAUAAGAUUCACUAUCUUCACACUUGAGAAAAAAAUCAUACAAGUCUUGAAUCUGGGACAAAACUAUACCGGGCAGCUGCGGUUGAAUCAGUGCAGGGUGACGCCUUGGAACAUUUAGACUCACCAUUCCUGGCUAGCGCUGCUGCAUCAGCAUCUGCAUUCCUGGCGAUCUGGGCAUUCCGCCCUCCCUUGCCUCUCUCAGGAUGAACCAGAAGUUGGAGAAGUUGGACUUGGAGACGGACCAGCGCUGCCAGCCUCUGGUCUACACCGUGGAGGAGCUGGAGUGCAAGAUUUGCUAUAACCACUACGACACGCGCUCCCGCAAGCCCAAGGUGCUGGGCUGCCUCCACCGCGUCUGUACCAAAUGCCUGAAGAAGAUUGUGGAGAACUCGUCCCCCAGCAUCGUCAGCUGCCCAUUCUGUCGGCACGAGACGCACGUGCCCUACGAGGAGAUCUGGCUGCUGCAGGACGACAGCAACAUCCUGGCCAUCCUCACCUAUCAGGACCGGGCCAGGAAGAGUGGCGGUUCCAUUACCCCUGGCGGGGAGGUACUGCUCACCCCAAGCAGCCUGAGCGGAGGGGGAGGGGACGGCUGUGGUGGUGAUUCUGGGGGUGACUGCGUCACAACCGGCGAACAGUCGCAUAGCUCCUCCGACUGCCUGGUCAUCACCAUCAUGGAGGUGCCAGGCGAAUCACAGUCAUCGGACUCCAUGAGCAUGCUCAAUAUGGUUCGCCUGUACCGGCCCGCAAGCCUGGCCUCGCUGCCCUGCAACAUGCCCUUGCAGAAGUGUGGCGCUUGGACCUCGCGCAACUUUCCCAGCUUCCUAAUCGGUGUCCUGUGUCUGGUCUUCUUCUCGUCGCUGCCGCUGGGCAUCUACCUGCUGAUGAUUCAGCAGCUCACCCUGGGCGUCAUCCUGGUCAGCCUGGUGCCCUCCACCCUAGUUCUGUGUGUGUUCUACGGCUUCUGUCAAUGCCUUUGCCAUGAGAUCAUGCAGUCCAUAGCUACAUAGUCACGUCCCACUUUACUCCCCUCCCCUACUCAACCCUCUAAUACCAAUAUAUGUCUACCUGUGGACAUGACAUAGCGAGACCUGUAAUAGACCAAACCAAAUCACCGAUGCAUAUCUACAGUGCCGUGAAAAAGUAUUUUCAGCCUUUCUGAUUUAACCCUACUUUUGCAUAUUUUUGAUACUGAAUGUUAUCAGAUCUACAACGAAAACCUAACAUUACAUAAAGGGAACAUGAGUGAACAAAUAACACAACAAUUACAUAUUUAUUUCAUAAACAAAGGAAUUGCCCCUUUACACUCAAUAACUGGUCGUGCCACCUUUAGCAGCAAUGACUCCAACCCAACGCUUCCUGUAGUUGUUGAUCAGUUUCUCACAUCGCUGUGGAGGAAUUUUGGCCCACUCUUCCAUGCAGAACUGCUGUAAAUCCGCGGCAUAUGUGGGUUUUCUAGCAUGAACUGCUCUUUUCAAGUCCUGCCACAUCUCAAUUGGGAUUAGGUCUGGGCUUUGACUAGGUCACUCCAAAACUUCAAAUGUAUUGCUUUUAGCCAUUUUCAUGUAGAUUUGAUUGUGUGUUUUGGAUCAUUGUCUUGCCCCAUGGCCCAGCUGCUCUUCAGCUUCAGCUCACAGACAGAUGGCCUGACAUUCUCCUGUAGAAUUAUCUGAUACAGAACAGAAUUCAUGGUUCCUUCUUUUAAGGCCAGGUCCUGACGCAGCAAAGCAUCCCCAAACCAUCACACUAACACUAGCAUGCUUGGCCAUUGGUAUGAGGUUCUUACGGUGGAAUGCAGUGUUUGGUUUUUGCCAGGCAUAAUUGGACCCAUGUCGUCCAAAUAGUUGACUCAAGUUUGCCAAAAAGCACCUGGAAGCACUUGGAUGAUCAAGACUCUUGGAAUAAUGUUCUAUGGACAGAUGAUUCAAAAGUGUAAGGGGGCAAAUACUUUUUCACUGCACUGUAUAUCCCCUCUCCUUUGUAAAAUGCACCCCUACCCACCACUUUCUUUCUUAUUUCCCACUUCAGAUAAUACCAGCACUAAAACAAACAUUUCCGAGUGACCACUUGGAUUUGGUUGUAGGGCUUUCCACUGUAACAUUCGAGACAAGCCAACCUGUGCAACGCCCACGGCCUGAUGAAUGGUUUUCUAAUUACACAGCUCAACCUGCAUCAGAUUGCUGUUGUUUGUGUGCAUACGGCUCACCAGAAUGGGCUUUAGUUAUUGUGACGAUCACUAAACUGUAUUGUUAAAAAAAGAUUACGACCUUCUCAUGUUCUACUAUGGCAAUGACUGCACAGACACUGUUAACCUUAUUGUGGUAGAAUAACUAUCUGCUCGACCUAUGGGCAACGGACUAUGAAAACCCAUAGUUUUAAGGAUGUAUUCAGACAUACAGCACAGUCUCCAUGUAUACUGUUGAAGUUCCUAGUUGCCUUUGUAAGGCAUGUCUGUCUGUGACCCUACAGUAACUUAUCGUUGUAAUUUGAACUUGUCUGUGUUAUUGCAUUUGGAAUGAACAAACCGCCUAACGCCUAAACUGUUACUAGAUAUUUCAAUAAAGACUCAAGACACUUUU